AUGAGGAAUCAAACAUUCAUGUCCACAUUUCUGCUGUGGGAAUUAUCUGAAGUACGUGAACUACAGAUCUUACAGUUCUGUCUCUUCCUAGGAUUGUAUCUGACAACAUUGUCUGGAAACCUUCUUAUCAUUGCUACAGUAGCCCUUGACCAUCAGCUUCAUACACCAAUGUACUUUUUCCUAAUGAAUUUGGCACUGAUGGAUGUUGGCUCAGUUUCUGUUAUUCUCCCCAAAUCUAUGGCCAAUUCCAUCAUGAACAGCAGGUCAGUUUCUUAUUCUGGGUGUGUGGCCCAAGUUUUCUUCUACAUGUUCUUUGUAGCAUCAGGUUUAGCCAUUCUAACAGUAAUGGCAUAUGAUCGCUAUGUUGCUAUCUGCAAUCCAUUACAAUAUGAGGCAAUAAUGCACAAAGGAGCUUGUUUUCAAAUGGCCGUCAUUGUGUGGGUUACUUGUCUAUUUUAUGCCCUCGUACAGACUUGUGGCACCUUUGCAAACACCUUCUGUUCAAACACAAUCAAUCAAUUCUUCUGUGAAAUCCCAAAGUUACUAAAGCUCUCCUGCUCUAACAUUUAUCUAGUUGAAGUAGGGUUUAUUUUGAUAGGGUGUUUUAUAGCACUAGGAUGCUUUAUUUUCAUCAUCAUAACAUACAUGCGGGUAUUUGCUGCAGUGCGCAGAAUACCUUCGGUGCAUGGGAAGAAAAAAGCCCUCUCUACUUGCCUUCCCCACCUCACAGUUGUCACUGUGUUUGUGUUCACUUCAAUCUUUGCCUACACACGGCCUCCCAGUAAUGUUUCUUCUGAUCUAGAUAUAGUUUUUUCUGUGAUAUAUACUCUAAUUUCCCCUAUAUUGAAUCCAUUCAUCUACAGCAUGAGAAACAAAGAGAUCAAGACUGCUUUGUGGAAACUCUUAGAUUUUGGGCCUUCUAAAACUGUAUUUAGAGUUCUAUAA